AUGAGAGUGAAGGUUCUGGGGCUGCUGAUACUAGAAGGACUCAGGUAUGGAACAGUGAGAUUAGCCAGAGGCUUUAGUAGAAGCCAGGGCUUUCUUAGUGAGAUGUUCGCCAUUGCUGGGAAGCAGCAUUGGAAACAGUUGGAGAGGACAGAAACAGAUAUUGAUGACAGAUAUGGAGAUUUGGAUUCCAGAGGUGAUUCUGACCUUCUAGAAAGCCCACCAUCCUCAGAUAGAACCCCUGAGAUUCUCCAGAAAGCGCUAUCUGGUCUGUCAUCAAGGUGGAAAAACUGGUGGAUCCGUGGAAUUGUGACUCUAACUAUGAUUUCCUUGUUCUUCCUGAUCAUCUCCAUGGGAUCUUUUAUGCUGAUGCUUCUUGUUCUGGGCAUACAAGUGAAAUGCUUCCAUGAAAUUAUCACUAUAGGCUACAGAGUCUAUCAUUCUUAUGAUCUUCCGUGGUUUCGAACACUGAGCUGGUACUUUCUGCUGUGUGUCAACUACUUUUUCUAUGGAGAAACCGUAGCUGAUUACUUUGCUACAUUUGUUCAGAGAGAAGAACAACUUCAGUUCCUCAUUCGCUACCAUAGGUUUAUAUCAUUUGCACUCUAUCUGGCAGGUUUCUGCAUGUUUGUGCUGAGCUUGGUGAAGAAACACUAUCGGCUGCAGUUUUAUAUGUUCGCAUGGACUCAUGUCACUUUACUGAUAAUCGUUACUCAGUCACAUCUUGUCAUCCAAAAUCUGUUUGAAGGCAUGAUAUGGUUCCUUGUUCCAAUAUCAAGUGUUAUCUGCAAUGACAUCACUGCUUACCUUUUUGGAUUUUUUUUUGGAAGAACUCCAUUAAUUAAGUUGUCUCCUAAAAAAACGUGGGAAGGAUUCAUUGGUGGUUUCUUUUCUACUGUCGUGUUUGGAUUCAUUGCUGCCUAUAUGUUAUCCAAAUACCAGUACUUUGUCUGCCCAGUGGAAUACAGAAGCGAUGUCAACUCUUUUGUUACAGAAUGUGAGCCCUCCGAACUUUUCCAGCUUCAGAGUUACUCUCUUCCUCCCUUCCUAAAGGCAGUGUUGAGAAGGGAGACAGUGAGCUUGUAUCCCUUCCAGAUACACAGUGUUGCUCUUUCAACAUUCGCAUCUUUAAUUGGCCCCUUCGGAGGCUUCUUUGCCAGUGGAUUCAAAAGAGCUUUCAAAAUCAAGGAUUUUGCAGACACCAUUCCUGGGCAUGGUGGGAUAAUGGACAGAUUUGACUGUCAGUAUUUGAUGGCAACGUUUGUGCACGUGUACAUCACCAGUUUCAUAAGGGGUCCAAAUCCCAGCAAAGUGCUGCAGCAGUUGUUGGUGCUUCAACCAGAGCAGCAGCUGAAUAUAUACAAAACUCUGAAGACCCAUCUUAUUGAGAAAGGAAUUCUGCAGCCUACCCUGAAGGUGUAAUGGGACCCAGAGCGGGCAGCACUGUGUGGACAGAGACUACCGCAGAAGGGGGCCAGCAGAAGACAUCUUGCACCUGUGCAGAACAGACGUGAAUGUUUCUUCUCUGAAAUUAAUGUGAAUAUUUAACAAGCACUUAACCUGGUCUAAGUUAUGAAACAAGAAGCAAAUUGCCAGCAAAAUACCCGGUUCUUUUUCUGAGAUGUAUUUUCUGAUGCUAACUUCCCUCCUGGGUUUCACAAUGGGAAAGACUUGUAUUUUAGAGUUGAACACUAUAAACUGAGGCUGUCUUAAGAUCGCACCUGGCAGUGGGAUCUUUUGCACAAAUAUUUACUUUGGCACUUGGAGCAGCCCUUUAAUUUUAGCAGGAUGUUUGAGUGUAAGGCGCUCGGUUCUCUGGGGCUUCCUCCUCCCACAGUCAGGUGUUUUCUGAAAGGUUGAGUGGAGUUUAAAAAAAAAGAAGAAGAAUGGUUCUUUUCCCC